UAUAAGCUUCAGUGUCGUGGCUGCUCUCUUGGUCACAGGUUUUGCAUUUUGUUACAGUUCUAAUGAAACAAGUUUCCUUCUGUCUCAUCCCUAACAAUGUAACAUGCCUACACUUAACAAACACUUAUCUGUCCCAAAAAAAAAAAAAGCUAGAACAAGGAAAGGUUUGUGAAAAAUACUAAGGCAAAACAUGUUGGAAGACAUACCAAAGAGAUGGAAGGUGCUAAGUGGCCAAAACAAAUGGAAAGGCCUGCUUGAUCCACUUGACUCAGACCUACGUCGCUACCUCAUUCACUAUGGCGAGAUGGCUCAGGUUGGUUAUGACGCCUUUAACUGGGACCGUAAGUCCGAAUACUGCGGUGAUUGUUAUUACUCCAAGAGUCAAAUCCAUGCUCGAACCGGCUACCUUAAGGCCAACCCUAUCAGGUACAAUGUGACCAAGUACAUCUACGCAACAGCUUCUAUAAAGAUGCCACUUUGUUUCAUCGUCAAGUCUUUGUCAAAGAAAGCGUCACGCGUGCAGACUAACUGGAUGGGUUACAUUGCGGUCGCUACAGACGAGGGGAAGGCGAUGCUAGGGAGGAGAGACAUUGUUGUAGCUUGGAGAGGAACUCUUCAGCCGUAUGAAUGGGCUAACGAUUUCGAUUUUCCUCUUGAGUCAGGUGUUAAAGUUUUCCCUGUGACAGACCGCAAACACGUGCCCCGUAUUGGAAGUGGCUGGCUUGAUGUUUAUACAGCUUCUGAUGCUAAGUCUCCUUAUGACACAACUAGCGCACGUGAACAGGUACAAGCAGAGCUCAAGAGACUGCUAGAAGUCUACAAGAACGAAGAAGUAAGCAUCACUUUCACAGGCCACAGCUUGGGCGGAGUAAUGUCAACUCUAGCAGCUGCAGAUCUUGUCCACAGCAGUCAAAACAAGAUUCACACAGGUCUUCAAAGCAAACAAGUCCCCAUCACAGUCUUCGCAUUCGGGUGCCCUCGAAUAGGAGACCAAGACUUCAAAAAAGUAGUCAGCUCGCACAAACAACUAAACAUCCUAAGAAUAGUAAACGUCCCGGAUGUAGCACCAAACUAUCCACUCUUCAUGUAUGCAGAGGUAGGCGAGGUGCUGCAGAUCAAUACGUUGAACUCGACUUACCUCAAACGUUCUCUGAACUGGAGGAACUACCAUAACCUGGAGAUAUAUUUGCACGGGAUAGCGGGGAUGCAGGACAAGACCGGGGUGUUUAGGCUGGAGAUUGGUCGGGAUGUUUCGUUGGUUAAUAAGGGGUUGGAUGCUCUGAAGGAUAAGUACUUAGUGCCGAGUGUCUGGAGGUGUCUUGCGAAUAGAGGGAUGGUUCAGAUGGAUGAUGGGACGUGGAAGCUGGAUGUCCACAGGUAUGAAGAUGAUGAUGGUGAUGAUGACUCCACAAAUAAGUAACGGGCUACAAGAGAUUUUACCUAUGCAAGUUUAGUUACAAAUACUUAUAAAAUGUAUGUAAUUGUACACAAAAAUUCAAUUAGAAGAACAAAGAAUCUAA